AUGUUUGACGAAACCAGUGAUUUGUCUCAUAAGGAACAGAUUACAUUAGUUGUCCGUUAUAUUUGGAAAGAUGCCGUAAGGGAGGACUUCAUAACUUUUAUUGAUGCAUACAAUGCAGCAGCAGAUGUAAAUGGUAAAGAGAACAAACUAUCAGGGAAAACUCUAGGUGAAAUAGUCUUAAGGAAUGUAAAAGAACUUGGCUUAGACCUUAGUUACUGUGUAGGCAUAGGUACAGAUGGGGCUUCGGUAAUGACAUCUGAAGAAUCAGGUAGUGUAACAAAGAUCCAAUCAGAGGCAGUUAGUGCAAAACGGCUUCCAUGCUACAACCACGCCUUGAAUAAUUCUAUUUCUAAAUCUAAUAAGAUUCGAUCCAUAAAUAAUGCCGUUGGCAUUAUGAAAGAAGUCAUUCACUUUUAUAAUCAGUCAGCAAAAAGGAAUGCUGUUCUAACUGAACACGUAGGAGGGCAACUAGUGAGCCUCUGUGAAACUAGGUGGGUAGAUAGACAUGAUGCAGUAAUUUUAUUUUUUUGUGCAUUGCCAGAAAUUGUCGAUUCAUUUACAGAGAUAAGCGAAUGGAAAGAGUCCGAGUCAGCCAAAAAGGCCGUGUUGUAUAUCAACUCGAUAACAAGCACUGAAUUCAUUUUUUCUUGCGUUUGUCUGGUAGAUAUUCUGAAAAGGACCCUUCCCCUAAGCAAGUUAUUGCAAAAACCAAACUUAGACUUGAACAAGGCUUCCAAUGCAGUGACAGACACACUGACAUGUCUGAAGGAUAGGAGACGAAAUUGUGAUGAUCAUUUCACAGAGUUAUACUUGGAAGCUCUAACUACCUCUGAAAAGCUGGGCGUGUAG